CAGUCAACCCGCGUGUAGCCGUUCUGGCUCCAGCCGCUGGCGGCUCUGGCGGCAGGCCCCGCAGUUCCGAGGGACCUGCCGCGGCCGCCCAGGUGGCCUCCGUGGAUGCAGCCGCUCGAGCUGGCCGGCCGCCUGGAGGUGCUCCUCUCCGUCACCGGCAGGGAGCGCUCCUCCGUCUCGCAGCACCUGCAGCGGGACCUGGCCAGCCUCGAGGCGCCCGACGUGUGCGCGCUGCUGCACUUCUGCGAGCGGCUGCAGCCGAGGGAGGCCGCCGCCACGGGGACGAGGCUACUCGUGAAGGCCUGCGAGGGCCGCGGCGACCUGUCGCUGGCGGAGCUGAUGGGCCUGCAGCUAGACACCCUGCUGAGGCUCGUGCGGGGCUGCCCGGCCCUCGCGCGGGCGCCCGCGGACGAUCCGGAGCUGGCGGACGGGCUGCUGGCCAAGCUCCUGUGCUGGUGCGAGGGCGGGGCCGCGGUGGACGCCGGCACCGCGGCGCGGCGGGUGGGCUGUGGGCUGCCGGCGCUGGAGGCCGUGGGGCUCUUCGGCCUCGCCGCCGUGCUCCCCGGGGAGACCCUCCAGUCUCUGCUGCAGCAGGUGCUCUGGCAGGCGCCAGGGCCGUCCCUGGGGCAGCUGAAGGAGGCGGGGGCCGCAGCGCCGGGGCUGAGGCCGCGGAUGCUGUGGCUGGCGCUGGAGGGCUGCCGCCGAGGAGAGGGCCUCCUCGACCCGCGCGAGCUCGUGAAGCUCAGCCACCGCUGGGGGGUGGUGGACGAGCAGGUGAUGGUCGCGCUGGAGGAGCUGCUGCAAGCGUUGCGAAUGGCGAGUCGUCCUCCACGCCCGCGUCCGAGCCUGGCGACGUGGCGGCGGCCCCCGACGGCGGCGCGCUGCCCCGGCUGCGGCUCCGGGGCGACCAGCGCGUCGUUCUCGUCGACGGCUCGCCAGAGUCCGAGGAGGCCCUCGGCUCCGCCACGCUGCGGGCCGCGGCGGCCGUGGAGGGCGGCGCGGGCGUGCGCGUGGGCGUGGACGCGGAGUGGCGCGACCCCCGCCCCGUGUCGUUGCUGCAGCUGGCGGUGCAGAUCGACGGGGAAGAGGAGACGACCGUCUUUCUGGUGGACAUGGUCCCAGCGCCGCACGAGUCGGUGCUGCUGCACUGUCGUCGGCUGCUCACCCCGCACUCCGCGCUUCCAGGGCGCCACGAGGUGCUGGCAUGGGGUCCCAGGGAGGACCAGCGGCGCCUCGUGGCCGCCGGGGUGCUGCCGGAGCCUUGCGACGGGGGUGAGCCCCCCGUAUUUGCCAGGUGGGUCGAUCUUCAGCGAGCGGGGUGGCCGAUGGGUCCGCAGCCCAGCCUCCGCGCGGUCGUCGGCCACUGCUUGGGCGCAGACCUGGCCACUGGCGGCGCGCAAAGAGAGGGUGCCGUUCCUGCUGCCGUCCGAGCUGAACAGGCUGAUGCGCAAGCUGCGGGGCAUUGGGAUCGACUCUGUGCUGCUGCCAGAGGGCGCCUCGCUGCAGGCGCUCGCCAGCACGGCGAAGAGAGAGGACCGAGUGAUACUGGCGCGGCCAGGCAAGAGGCAGCUCGGCGCGGAGGCGCUGGGGCGGACCUACUUCGUGCGCGCGGAACGGCCCGAUGAGCAGCUCCAGGAGGUCAUCGACGUCUUCGGCGUGCGCGUAGACUCGCAGAACAUCUGCGGGCGUUGCGUCGAGUGCAACGCGUCGAAUUGGGUCGCCUGCGGGAGCGACGAGGUGCGGGGCGAGGUCGCGGACAAGGUGCUCGCGCGGUACCAGGAGUUCUGGCGGUGCGGCGGCUGCGGCAAGGUGUUCUGGGAGGGGAGCAUGUUCGAGAAGGCCGUCAGCCACUUCCGCACCUUCGUCCCCUGCGAGCGCUCUGGCGGUGGCGGCGGCGGGGCCUCGGAGGGCAGUGCCCCGCCGAGCGUCUCGACCAGCCAGGGCGCUGGCGAGGCGCCUGCCACCGCACAGAAGUACCUGGACAUGCGCCAGCGCGGCCUGUCGGGCCAGCGCGUGCGCGCGCAGAUGGUCCGCGACGGCAUCCUGGCCGCGGGCCAGCUGCCGCUGCCCCGGUGCGCGCUCGACGAGGGGCCAGGGCCCUGCGCGGCGGCCGCCUGGUCCGGCGCCGCCAGCCUCGUGCGGUCGCUGUUUGAGGCCGAGCUGGCCGCGGGGCGCGACCCGGGUGCCGCGGCAGCGGCGGCGCUGCGAGCGGCGGCGGCGGCGUCUGGCGCCUGAGGCGUGGACAUCGGAGCCUCGCCCGCACGCGCGCACACGCCGCAGCGCGGUCACGGUUCGAGGCGCAGGCGCCUCAACUCCUGGCCUGGGCUGGCGUGGGAGAAGCGGGCUCGGCCCACGCUGCGCGCGAGGCAAGUCGGCGUCCCCGCCUCGCGGCCGACCCGCGCUGCACCAGGUCGAGGACGUCGCCGCCCUCCUCAGCGGCGCGGGCCCCGCCGCCACAUUCAACACCUCCAAGCCUCGGACGCACCGUGAACGCUCUCCAUGAUCGGGGGCUCGGUCGCUGCGCCGCUGGAGCGCCGAGGGACGCCGCCGCGCGCGUGAGAUGGCGCGGGCGACCCGCCGCGGCUGUGUCCGCGGGCGCGUGCCACUCCCGAGGUCGGGGUUGGGACGGUCCUGGCGAUGACGACCUGUGCCGCAGGGCUCGGCGUUGCUGGGGCGGGCGCGCGGAGCCGAGCCGCCCGCCACUGGACGCAGAGGGCCCGCGCGCGCGGGACCUCUGGCGGAUUUUCCUCUGCUCGGGUCGAGGUUU